GCCCCUCCCCCUUUUCUGCACACGUGAAUUUAGCUAGAAACACAUGACACAGUGAGAUCCACAAGAUCAGAAGAAGAGUUUCUGAUCUUCUCUUGUCUCUCUUCCUAAGGAUGCUACGUCACUUGGCAAGGAGAGCUUGUAGCCUACCCAGGGCUAUAGGUGGUACCCAGCAUGCAUACAGUGCUGCGGCUGGAGAGCCUCCCAAGAAAGUCGAAGUGUUUGUGGACGAUAAGCAAGUGAUGGUCGACCCAGGUACCACAGUCCUACAGGCGUGUGCGAUGGUUGGCGUGGAGAUACCGAGGUAUUGUUAUCACGAAAGGCUCUCAAUUGCCGGGAACUGUCGAAUGUGUUUGGUGGAGAUUGAGAAGUCCCCUAAACCAGUGGCAGCCUGUGCAAUGCCUGUCAUGGCUGGCUGGAGGAUCAAGACCAACUCUGAAAUCACAAGGAAGGCAAGGGAGGGUGUGAUGGAGUUCCUGCUAGUGAACCAUCCACUGGACUGCCCCAUCUGUGACCAAGGUGGAGAGUGUGACCUACAAGACCAGUCAAUGGUGUUCGGGAGCGAUAGAAGUCGAUUCGUGGACAAUCAGUACUCAGGGAAGAGGGCGGUGGAGGAUAAGAACAUUGGUCCCCUCGUGAAGACCAUCAUGACUCGCUGCAUCCACUGCACCAGGUGUAUCAGGUUUGGCACAGAGGUGGCUGGAGUGGAGGACCUGGGCACCACUGGCAGAGGGGGGGACAUGCAGGUCGGCACUUAUGUUGAGAAGAUGUUCAGGUCCGAACUAUCGGGAAAUGUCAUCGACUUGUGUCCGGUUGGAGCGCUUACGUCCAAACCUUACUCCUUCACUGCCAGACCCUGGGAGCUCAGGAAGACUGACUCAGUGGAUGUGCUGGAUGCAGUAGGUAGUAACAUAGUAGUCAACACUCGUGGUGGAGAGGUGAUGAGGAUCCUGCCUCGGCUUAAUGAAGACAUCAAUGAGGAGUGGAUCUCAGACAAGACACGGUUUGCCUAUGAUGGUCUCAAGAGUCAGCGUCUAACAGUCCCCAUGGUGAAGAAUGAGUCGGGUCAGCUGACAGAGGCCAGCUGGGAGGAGGCUCUCAUGUCUGCAGCUGCUGGGAUGAGCACGAGUGAGGGUGACCAGCUGGUGGGUGUGGUGGGUGAUCUAGUGGACGCAGAGUCACUGGUCUCCCUCAAAGACCUGCUCAACAAGAUGGGAUCGGAGAGACUCCACACGGAAGAGGCCUUCCCCUCCAUUGGACCAGGGACUGACCUGAGAUCCAGCUAUAUCCUCAACUCUGGCAUUGCUGGCAUUGAGGAAGCUGACUUGUUGCUGCUGGUUGGGACUAACCCACGCUUUGAGGCUCCUCUUAUCAAUGCCAGAAUCAGGAAGAGCUUCAUCCACAAUGAACUGGAGGUGGCCAUGAUCGGUCCCAAGCUGGACCUCACCUACGAAUAUGAGCAUCUUGGUGACUCAACUACCGUCCUACAAGACAUUGCCAGUGGAAAGCAUCCUUUCAGCAAGAAACUGUCCUUGGCUAAGAGACCACUCAUCGUGGUUGGUAGCUCUUGUCUCCAGAGGGAGGAUGGUGGAGGGCUACUAUCAGUGGUGACCGGGAUCACUAGCGCUCUCUCUGGGUCAGACCAAGGCUGGACCCCACUCAACAUUCUGCACAGGGUUGCCAGUCAGGUGGGUGCACUGGACCUUGGCUACACGGCUGGACUAACAGCGGACAGUCUCAGUGCAGCCAAGUGCCUCUAUCUACUAGGAGCAGACGGAGACAAACUGAAGAAGGAAGACAUUCCUGAAGGUUGCUUUGUCAUCUAUCAAGGUCACCAUGGCGAUCGUGGUGCCUACCUUGCGGACGUUGUUCUGCCUGGUGCUGCCUACACUGAGAAGAAUGCCACCUAUAUCAACACAGAGGGAAGGGCACAGCAGACCAGAGUGGCAGUGACUCCACCUGGACAGGCAAGGGAGGACUGGAAGAUCAUCAGAGCUCUCUCUGAGAUAUCUGGAUUCACGCUUCCCUACGAUGAGUUGCCGGGGGUGAGGAAAAGACUGGCGGAGGUCGCCCCGCACAUGGUACGAUACGACGACCUGCAACCAGCCAACUUCUUUGCUCUGGCAGGAAAACUACUCAAAUCUUCCCAAGCGUCCCUCAAGCCCACCCCCCUCUCCGUGAACCAGGAGAGGCUGGACCAGUUCUAUAUGACAGACUCCAUUAGUCGAUCAUCGCUCACAAUGGCUAAGUGUGUGAGCGCUGUCAAGGCAGACUCAAGCGAGUGACUCAUCAUCACUGUUGUACUGUAUUAGUGUCCAUCUAUGUUGUACUGUAUGUAUGUAUGUAUGUAUGUAUGUAUGUUAGUUAUAAUUGUCAGUUGCUUUUGUGCUACACACAUUCUUCAAUAAUUGUAUAUUAACAUAA